AUGAGGGACGCAGUAGUAAAAAGAAGGAAAAUAUCAAGUUCCUCUACAGCCCCGAAAAAUGCGAAUUCGGAAGCAGAAGCAGAUAAUUCAAACGAGCUGUUACGAAAGUUCUUCGAGAGCCGGUUCCAGCCGUUAGAUAUACCCACGAAUCCUACGACAACAGAUCAGAUUUCUGACGAGGAUGAAGAGGGUGACGAGUCCCGGGACGACUUCGAAGGGUUCUCGGAUAAUGAAAGCGAGAGUGACGGAGAGGUGAUGGUCGUCGAACAUGUCGAUGCCCGCAAAGAGGACGUGAUGCUAGAUAAGCAGACACGCAAAGCUCUCUUGUCUGCCAAAAUUCCAGCAUCUACAAAGCCAUCAACAACCGCCAAUAAGCAGGAAAACAAGUCCAAAGGCGAGGCUGCCGAAAAUGAAACAGAAAAUCUACAAAACGAUCUCGCACUACAACGUCUACUCAAAGAAUCACAUCUUCUCGAAUCGGGUUCCUCAGACCUAAACCCAACGGGCAAAAACAGACAUAAAGCCUUAGAUCUCCGACUGCAAGCUCUGGGAGCCAAGACAUCAAUAUUCGCACCAAACAAAAUGCCAAAAUCACAUCGCGAGGGAAUCCAGUCCAAAGCUAUAAAGACGGAAACCACCCGCCGCCGUGAAGCGCGGGAGAAUGGUAUUAUUCUUGAGAAACCUGUCUUUAAACAGAAAAAGAGUAGCAUAAAGCGCAGGGAGAGAGGGGUUGGAGCUCCGGCUGUCGGUAAAUUUUCUGGAGGAACGCUCAGACUGAGCAAACAGGAUCUGGCGAGUAUCCAGGGACCUUCCAGGAAAGGUAGGAAGGGCGGGAAAGGCGGGAAGGGAUCUAAGAGAGGUCGUCGAUGA